CUCAACUCCAACUGUGUUGUUGUUAAGUGUCUUCAAACACCUUUCCCUCUUUUCAUCGAGCAGUGCUGCUACCCGCACCCGCACCCCCACCCCGCCAACCCCCAUCCCCAGCGGAACCCAGUCCCCAUUUCAUCUCGAUGCCACUCCUGAGCUCCUGCUAAACCACAACCAUACCUUCCCCUCAGAGUCUCAGACACAAACCAGAACCAUUCUUUCUUUCUCUUUACCAUUUUUUUCACUCCAAACAGCAUAAAAAGCAAUGCUGAAACAGGAGGACACCAACGGAGGCGGCGCCAACACCUGGGCCCGGGUGUGCGACACCUGCCGCUCAGCGGCCUGCACCGUCUACUGCCGGGCUGACUCCGCGUACCUCUGCACCGGCUGCGACGCUCGCAUACACGCAGCCAACAAGGUGGCUUCGCGCCACGAGCGCGUGUGGGUGUGCGAGGCCUGCGAGCGUGCUCCUGCAGCGUUUUUGUGUAAGGCUGAUGCAGCAUCCCUCUGUGCAGCCUGCGACUCAGACAUCCACUCCGCCAACCCUUUGGCCCGCCGUCACCACAGGGUCCCCAUUCUGCCGAUUCCGGGAACCCUUUAUGGACCCCCGGCUACUGAUCCCAGGGGAUCCAUGAUCGGGCAAGAUACAGAAGAUGCUGAUGAUGGUUUCUUGACUCAAGAUGUUGAUGAAACCAUCGAUGAAAAUGAUGAAGACGAAGCAGCUUCUUGGCUGUUACUUAAUCCCGUUAAAAACAACAGCCACCACCACCACCACCACCAAAACAACAGUAAUAAUAAUAUGCUAUUUGGUGGCGAGGUUGUUGAUGAGUAUCUGGACCUAGUUGAGUAUAGUUCAUGCCAAGAAAAUCAAUACACUAGCCAUCAUCAGUAUAGCAAUCAGCAGCAACACUAUGCUGUGCCUCAGAAGAGUUACGGAGGAGACAGCGUGGUCCCGGUUCGUUCCGGAGGAGCAAAAGAUCAGCUGCAGCUUCAGCAUCAGCAUCACCAGAGUUUUCAGCUGGGAUUGGAGUAUGAAGCAUCAAAUACUGGGUAUGCCUAUCCAGUAUCUUCCAUGAGUCACAGCGUUUCAAUCUCAUCCAUGGAUUGUGGUGUAGUCCCAGAGUCUACCAUGAGCGAUGUCUCCAUCUCCCAUCAUAGACCACCCAAAGGAACCAUCGACCUUUUCGCAAGCCCACCAAUUCAAAUGCCACAGCAACUUACGCCAAUGGACAGGGAGGCCAAAGUUCUGAGGUACAGAGAGAAGAAGAAGACCCGAAAAUUUGAGAAGACGAUCAGGUACGCUUCAAGGAAGGCGUAUGCAGAAACCAGACCCAGGAUUAAAGGUCGAUUUGCAAAAAGAACGGAUGUUGAAGUUGAAGUCGAUCAGAUGCUCUCGACCGCACUAAUGGUGGAAAGUGGUUAUGGCAUCGUGCCAUCAUUCUGAAUCCAGAACAAGAGAGAACCAGAACCACUUCAGAAAGAGAAUUGUAUUUAAGAUGUCUAAAGCCAAGGUUAAUAGGGUGUCUUUCUUGUUAUAACUGAUCAUAGAAAUGUGCUUUGUAAUUUUGAUAUUGCCUUCCUCAGUGCCUACAGCUUUUGAGUAAUCCAGGAUACAUGCUCUUAUUAUUAGCACUA